AUGGAGGCACUGGCGAACCCCUCGGACUUGGUGACGGCUUGCCGCCCGAUGAUGCACCUGUCCACGGUCUUCGGCCUGUGCCCUGCCCCCGACCCGCCGUCCCGCCCCAGCUGGUGGCUCAAGCUCGCCCACACGCUGCUGGUGGCCGUCUUGGUGCUGAGCGGACUCGGGGCGCUGCUGACGGCGCGCUCGCUCACCGCCUACCGCUACGCCAUCCCCACCAUGUCGGUGACGGACGCGGCGAUGCUGUGCCUGGCGACGACCACCUGCCUCGUCAACUUGGGGGUGUUCGCGGCGUACGGCCGAGAGAGGGCGGCACGCGCACUGCGCCUCCUGCAGGAGGUGGACCGGCAACUGCUGGCGGGCGAUGCCCCCCGGGUCUACAGGAAGACAGUGGCCAUCCAGGUGGUGGAACUGGGUGUGGUGCUGUUCCUGGUGGUGUUGGUGUUUUGCUACGACAACAUCGUGUGGUACGAGGGCAUCGUAGACCGCCUGGUGGGGCUGUUCGCCGUCUACUUCACCCAGCUCGUCAACUUGGUGUCCAUGCUGCAGCUGGUGAACCUCGUGCUGGCGAUUGGUCACCGUCAGGGCAGGAUCAACGACAAGCUCUCCUCGGGGGAGCUGUUCGCCGACCCUGCGUCCGAGAAGCAGGACAACGGCACCUCGGUGGACGGCGGCGGGGUGGUCCUGGGGGUGGACGAGCUGACCCAGGCGGCGCGCGUGAGGGACCUGACCCGCCAGCUCGACGCCCUCUGCGACGCCGCGCGCUGCGCCAACGUGGCCUUCGGCGUCCAGGCGCUGCUCGACGCGAGCACGGUGCUGGUGACCGUCACCUCGGACGUGUACUUCGCCGUGACCUUCGCGCAGGUGGAGCUCUCGGGGCAGCCGGCGCCGCGCCGGGCGUGGGACGGCCUGCUCGUCAGCCUGCUGUGGACGGCGGUGAACCUGGGCAAGUCCCUGGGCGUGGUGUCGGCGUGCAGCUGGGCGCGUGCGCGCUCCCGGCGCGGCGCCGUGCUGGCCCAGAAGGCGCUCCUCAGGGAGGACGUGCGCUCCGACGCCGUCACCGAGCUGCAGCUGCUGGUGCAGCAGACGGCACUCGGGAGGGUGCGCUUCACCGCGUGGGGGUUCUUCCCUCUCAGCCACUCCACCUUCUGCGGCAUGAUAGGUGCCAUCACCAUGUACCUCGUCAUCUUGCUGCAGUUCCAGCAGAUCACCAAGUGA